AUGCUAGCCGAUCAGGAAGUGUCUUGGCAGGAUGGCGGGUCCGACCCCUGGUCGUUUCGCGCGGCGUGCCAGCGGUCACUGCUCCGUCGCGUCGCGAGCGCAGACGCGGUGACUCUGUGCCGCACACAUCCACGCCGCACCGUCCCGCAUACUACUUCGCGCAAUUCUGUAUAUGCUUGGAAGGUUCCAGAAAGCGAAACGAAAAUUAUGGAGAUGGAACAAUUGGCACGAGUGGAAGCUCAGAUGAUGCGUUCGCGGACGCGCUCUCUAUGCCAGAACGGGAAGAUAAUGGGUUUCCUACGACGUCGGGCGUCGUCCGAUAGCCCCCGCCGAGAGCCGCUGCUGCUCGGCAACAUUACUACCAGGCCGUUCUCACCCCGUCGCACCACUGUGAGCAACAACGGAUAUUACAAGAUAUGCUUUGUUAAUGGCUAUGUGUAA